AAUGGGCGGGCGCGCCGGAAAUUGAGGGGAGUUUCCUGCGAUCUUGGCUUCCCCAACAUGGCAGCGCCCUUGUCAGUGGAGGUGGAAUUCGGAGGUGGUGCAGAGCUCCUGUUUGACGGUGUAAAGAAACAUCAAGUCACCUUACCUGGACAGGAGGAGCCCUGGGACAUCCGGAACCUCCUUGUUUGGAUCAAGAAGAAUUUGCUAAAAGAGCGGCCAGAGCUGUUCAUCCAAGGAGACAGUGUGCGGCCAGGAAUUCUGGUGCUGAUUAACGAUGCCGACUGGGAGCUGCUGGGCGAGCUGGACUACCAGCUGCAGGACCAGGACACCAUUCUCUUCAUCUCCACACUGCAUGGAGGCUGAGGGCCCCUCUCUGGGCCUGGGCUCCCUUGGCGGGGAGAUCAGAACAAUCAGACAUCCCCUUGGGCCCUACUGCCAGGUCUUCCAGGCCCCCUUGGCUGCUUUCUUCUCUGCUCUGUCCCCCAAGCUCCCUCCAGGCAGGGAAAAGAGGCCAGGUGCUAAAAAUGAGCCUAUCUCAGGCACGUGAGCAGGGGCAGGCAGGCGCCAGGACCCAGCUCCCUCUCCCAGGAGCUAAGGCGGGGGGGGGGAGGGUGCCUCUGGUUUGUCAGAGUGGAAGGGGGCUCUGCAACCAAGUGACCCCGCUGCCUUCUGCUCCUUGUGUCUCAAUCUCAACACGAGUGACCCUGACAGCACUCCAGUCCCUGGGCCACAGUGUCUUCCUGGUGAAGAUGAAUGGACAUGAAUAGCUGAUGGGAGGCCCCUCCCUCUUCAAAGAUUAGAGGAGUCUCUGCCUCAGUUUCCCCAUCUGCACAGCUGAGGGCUCUGCCUGUCCCCCACUGAUACCAUUAUGGAACCCCAGCUGGGAUUCCCUAUUCAUUGCUGACACCCCACACACACACACACCAGCAGCUGCUCUUCUAACCACAUCCCUCCUUCUCCUCCCCCUACCCUCAGCCCUUGACCCUGGCUGCCCUCCUCCCCACCAUAGGCCACCAGAUGGACUCCUGAGACCCUUCCUGUAGCUCAUUUUGCUGGGGGUAGAAAAGGAAAGGGACUAGGCUAAACCUUGGACUGGCAGUAGAGCCCUGAGGGGGAAUCAGUGUGCCUCAAUUUGCUCUUCUACAACUGGGUAUGUGUGGAAUCUGAAGACCGGGGAGACACUUGAUGGCAUAAAUGUGGACCUCUCCCUUCCCACCCCCUAAGGAAGCAGGAUGGGGGCAGUCAGCACCUGGUAGGCAGGGUGGUUUCCCCCUUCCCCCUCUCUUCUAUAAGUCUUGGGUCCUCAGUGCCUGCAACAGCUGGUCUUGGGCAAAUAAAAGACUAGGUUGUUUACU